AUGUUGAAAUGGUUACCAAUCAAAUUAUCCUGCCAGAUACUCAACAAUAUAUUCUUUAUAAAGGUCCUAAUCUUUAUGAUUGCUCACAUCAAGAAAGAGAUAGAUGCUAUUCGUGCUAAAGACAUCUCUCAAGUGGCGGCGACGGAGACGGUUGGUGGUAAACGGCAGCUAGCACUCUUGGCUGCAGUGUCAAGGGAUGAGAUAAUGGUGGUGGACAGGUACGGACCCAGGAAUUGA